UAUUUUUGUCUUUUUGUCUAUACCUAACCUCAUAAGAUUUCACUAUCUCUUAACACUUACAUUAUUUUGAGACAAAACUCAAACACGUACAUGUCCGUAGAAAACUCAAACACGUACAUGUCCGUAGAAAAUGUGUAGUGUUUGUGUAAAGUUGUUCUUUAAGAAACGAUGCUCAAAGAACGAAGAGCAAGGAAUCACAACUGAAUGGGUUGUAUUAUUAGAGUAGAGAAUACGUAUAAUGCUAAUUAGUACAAACCCAUAAACGUCUGUGUUAGGAUAAUAAACCCAAGAACUGCAACAAAUUGAAAAUGAAUAAUAACAAUUUUUUUUUUCAUAAAUGUUAAUAAACACAAUUCAAAUAUUCACUACGGAUGUGGUAGUUCAAUGCCUUGGUGCUAUUGCGCUCCUGGGGUUCGAUCCACUUUGAGAGGGAUACUUUACGCCAUGGACUUUGUCCUCAAGGUAUCAGUGCCUGGUGGAUCUCGGGCCUGAAGAUUAUGGGCCUUGUUCCCGAAACCUCCAGAUAAUCAAAAAAAAAAAAAAUUAAAAAAAAAUAUAUGAUUUUUUUUGGGAGUGCUUAUCCAAACCAUUCAAAUUUCAAAUCUUGACUAAACUGUAUAUAGAUAUGUUGAAAUUUAUUUAUUUUUAAAUUGGAAAGAAAAGAUUUUUUAUGUCUAGGUCAAUUAUUUUUUUGAGUCAAAACUGGUAAAAAUAUGAAUGACAACUGUUAGAUACAAUUAAUAAAAUGAAAUAAAUCUACGGGAUUUUAUGGCUAAAAUUUGUAAGGUGGAGAUGAAUCAAACAUGAUCUAAAGGCCCUUAUUUGUUUUUUAGACAUCAACACAUCAUGCUGAAAUCCUUAUAAAUAGAGACACUCUCAUUAUAUUCUUCUUCACUUCCAAAUAUCAAAGGAUCAUUGUAUUCGGCUACUUCAACCAUAUUUUGUCAGUAAUUUUCUUUUCUGUUUUUUGUUCUACUUUCCUCUAUUUCUUCUUCUUGUCUUUUGAAGCACUUAUCGUUCUUAGUUCUUGCAAUUCAAAUGUACGUGUUAAUUUAUUGUUUUGCUAUUCUUACUUAAUAUUUAGUUGGCGUUGAACUUCUUUCAUAAGCAUGUUUAUGUUUAUUAGAGUGAGACUUAAUUAUUCUUUCUCUCUUUUUUUAAUGUUUUUGUUGAUACAGAAUGUAACUGAUAUUAUAUACUUAUAUAUACACACAUAUUUUUGUAGAUUAUGAUAUAAUGAUCUAUUUUAGUUAUAUCCCUGGUUAAUUUGUUAUAAUAAAUUUGAUUAAAAAAAUAUUCUGGUUGUAUGUGCUGUUGUUUUAAAUUUUAUAAUCUUCAAAACUGAAAAUAAGAAGGUGAAAAAAAAACUAUUUUUAUUACAGCGACUUCACCACAAUUCAGAUCUGAAUAAAUCGUUAUGUGGUUUAAUAAAUAGCAAACAUCUCUCACUCACCUUUUCUGUUUUUCUUUACCCUACUUAUCAUUUCUAAUCAUUUUUUAUUCGUGACUAUAAAGCAUACGAAGAAAAUAAUAAAGUAUUCAUUAUGUGGCAACCCUAGGGUUUAAGCAUAUAAAUUUGGGUUAAUGAAUACUCUACUACAUCACUGCAUAUAGAUUUUCAUCAAGUUCUAUCUACUCUUUCUUUUUCUUUCUAUCUACUCUUUGUUUAUAUAUAUAUUUCUUUGUAAAGUUGAGGGGAUGAGGAAAAAAAAUGUUUUCAUGAAUGAUUUUUAUCAUUUUCUGUCUUAAUAGAUAAAAUUUGAGAAAUGUCGGUGUCUUUAUCGUAAUAUAAUUAAAAGUAUAUAUGCUUAAUUAUAAUUUGAAGGGUCGAUAAACCAUAGUAAAAAAAAUGUUUUGCGUUUUAGAGGAUUAAUAUAUAUUUUGUGGAAGUAUAUCUGUAUAUGUAUAUAUUAUUAUAUCUUACGAAAGUGAAUUAGUGGACUGUUAAUUCAUAUGAUAGUCUUGAGUAUAGACAACCUUUGACAAGGUUCUCAAGCUUCGUAAAACGCGACAUAGAGCUUAUUUUAUUUUUCUUUUUUAAAAGAAUUAUUACGUAUGACAGUCUUUAAUAGAUUUUUUUUGUUUAAUUCUUGCUAUGUUUUAUAUUAGAUUGAUGGUUAUUAACUUUAUAUUAUUCUUUUUUUUUUAUCCACAGCGACAAGAUUUUCUUUUUGCAUUCGACAUGAGUCCAUCUAAGACUAAAGGGCUUAGAAGUUGGAGUGUUGAAUCUGACGAUGAUAACAAUCCCAUUGAAAACAUAUCAUCACCACCAACUUCUCUAAUGGUCUCACCGUUUCGAUUCUUUGAUGAUGAAACCUACUACACAACACCAUAUCUUCCUUCAACAGUCUCAUCCUUUCAAACCAUAAUCGAUGAAGCCAUCUUCGAUGAAACCUACAACCCAACAACAUUUUAUCCUCUAAUAGACUCACCGCUUCGAACCCUUGAUGAUCAAACCUACAACAUAACAUCUCCCUCUACUCUAGAGGUCGGACCUCUUCAAACUGUUGAUGAUGAAAACCAUAACCCAAAAACACCUCCUCCUCCUCUAGAAGUCCCAUCCCUUCCAACCAUUGAUGGUGAAACCCACAAAGCAGAACCACCUCUUCCUACUCUGGAGAUCCCCCUGCUUCAAACUGUUGAUGAUGAAAACCAUAACCCAAAAACACCUCCUCCUACUCUAGAAGUCCCACCCCUUCCAACCACUGAUGGUGAAACCCACAAAGCAGAACCACCUCUUCCUACUCUGGAGAUCACCUUGCCUCAAACUGUUGAUAAUAAUAUUAACCCUCCUCCUCCUCUAGAAGUCUCACCCCUUCCAACCACUGAUGGUGAAACCCACAAAGCAGAACCACCUCUUCCUACUCUGGAGAUCACCUUGCCUCAAACUGUUGAUAAUAAUAUUAACAACACCCCUCCUCCUCCUCUAGAAGUCCCACCCCUUCCAACCACUGAUGGUGAAACCCACAAAGCAGAACCACCUCUUCCUACUCUGGAGAUCACCUUGCCUCAAACUGUUGAUAAUAAUAUUAACAACACCCCUCCUCCUACUCUAGAAGUCUCACCCCUUCCAACCAUUGAUGGUGAAACCGACAAAGCAGAACCACCUCUUCCUCCUCUGGAGAUCACCUUGCCUCAAACUGUUGAUAAUAAUAUUAACAACACCCCUCCUCCUACUCUAGAAGUCCCACCCCUUCCAACCAUUGAUGGUGAAACCGACAAAGCAGAACCACCUCUUCCUACUCUGGAGAUCACCUUGCCUCAAACUGUUGAUAAUAAUAUUAACAACACCCCUCCUCCUACUCUCGAAGUCCCACCCCUUCCAACCAUUGAUGGUGAAACCGACAAAGCAGAACCACCUCUUCCUACUCUGGAGAUCACCUUGCCUCAAACUGUUGAUAAUAAUAUUAACAACACCCCUCCUCCUACUCUAGAAGUCCCACCCCUUCCAACCAUUGAUGGUGAAACCGACAAAGCAGAACCACCUCUUCCUACUCUGGAGAUCACCUUGCCUCAAACUGUUGAUAAUAAUAUUAACAACACCCCUCCUCCUACUCUCGAAGUCCCACCCCUUCCAACCAUUGAUGGUGAAACCCACAAGGAAGAACCACCUCUUCCUACUCUGGAGAUCACCUUGCCUCAAACUGUUGAUAAUAAUAUUAACAAAACCCCUCCUCCUACUCUCGAAGUCUCACCCCUUCCAACCAUUGAUGGUGAAACCGACAAAGCAGAACCACCUCUUCCUACUCUGGAGAUCACCUUGCCUCAAACUGUUGAUAAUAAUAUUAACAACACCCCUCCUCCUACUCUUGAAGUCUCACCCCUUCCAACCAUUGAUGGUGAAACCCACAAGGAAGAACCACCUUUUCCUACUCUGGAGAUCACCUUGCCUCAAACUGUUGAUAAUAAUAUUAACAACACCCCUCCUCCUACUCUCGAAGUCCCAUCCCUUCCAACCAUUGAUGGUGAAACCCACCAAGCAGAACCACUUCUUCCUACUCUGGAGAUCACCCUGCUUCAAACUGUUGAUAAUAGUAUUAACAACACCCCUGCUACUCCUCUAAUGGUCUCAUCGCUUCAAGCCAUUGUACCAUAUGAAACCAACAAAGACUCCAUUGCUGCUGCUGAUGGUCCUAGUUCUGGUGCAAUCAAAAGAAAACGUGGUCGGCCAAGGGGUUCAAAGAACUCAAAGAUGGCCAUAAAAAAGCCGAAACCUUAUGAUUCCAACAGCAAAGUGGUUACGUCUUGCCCAAGUUUUGACACGGGGAUAAGCGAAGCAGAGAGAGAAACAGGAAACAAAGAGGUAGCUGAUUCAGUUCUGAUGCGGUUUGAUGCGGUGAGGCGUCGGCUAUGCCAGCUAAAGUGCUUUAAAGGACCCCUACUUCAAACCGCUCUCGCUAACUGUAAGAAUUUGGGUGUUAGGACUAAUAGGAAGAAAAGAAUCGGCUCGAUUCCUGGAGUAAAUGUGGGUGACAUAUUUUACUUUUGGGGAGAGAUGUCCUUAGUUGGGCUACACAUGCUGAUGGUUGCCGGUAUUGACUAUCUAACUAUCAAAGACGGUGCAACAGAAGGUCCUUUAGCUACAAGUGUGGUAACUUCAGGACACUACGAUGACGAAACAGAAGACACUCAAACUUUAAUUUAUACUGGACAUGGUGGUAAAAUUGGUGAUCAGGAACUUCGAGGAGGAAACUCUGCGUUGAAGGAAAGUAAACUGAAAGGAAAUGAAGUUAGAGUGAUAAGAGGUGAAGAAGAUCCCAACAACAAGGGUAAAAAUAUUUACAUAUAUGAUGGCCUUUACAUUGUGUCAGAUUCAUGGGAAGCUAAAGGAAAAUCCGGGUUCAAAGAGUUCAAGUUCAAAUUGCUGAGAAAACCGGACCAACCUGCUGGUUAUGCAAAUUGGAAGUCAUCUAAAAACUGGAGUAAGUGUACGGAUAAUUCAAGAAAAGGUUUGAUACUUCAAGAUCUUUCAUAUGGAGCCGAGACUUUACCAGUCCCAUUGGUGAAUGAAAUUGAUGAGAAUGACAAGGAGAUGCCUCAAGAUUUCAGCUACGUCAACUCUUCGACGUGUCCAAGUAUGACGAUUGUUCAGAACUAUCAAUCUACCGCAUGCAUCGAUUGUCAUCAAGUUCAGUUAUGCGAAGGUCCAACGUGCAUUUGUGUCCAAAGGAAUGGUGGCGACUUGCCAUACCAUAACCGUAUUCUAGUUUGUCGUAAGCCAAUGGUUUAUGAGUGUGGCGAUAUGUGUCCUUGUCCUCUCGACUGCCACAACAGAGUGACUCAAACUGGUUUGAAAAUUCGUGUUGAAGUGUUUAAGACGGAGAAAUGCGGUUGGGGGUUACGUUCGUUGGAGCCGAUUCGAGCAGGGACUUUCAUUUGUCAGUUGGUUGGUAUGGCUAAGAGAAUACAUGACGUAAACGAGGAUGACGAAUAUGUGUUUGAUUCUUCUCGCGUUUACAACCAGUUCAAGUGGAACUACGAGCCGGAGCUCGUGGGUGAAGAUUGUUGGGACCAAGUCCCUGAAGCUUAUAAGCUUCGAUGGCGAAUGGUUGUCAGCUCGAAAGCGUAUGGAAAUGUCAGCCGGUUCAUGAACCAUAGCUGUUCUCCAAAUGUUAUGUGGCAGCCUGUUGAAUAUGAAGAUUCUCGUCAACCGUGUGUUCGCAUUGCGUUUUUUGCGAUGAAACAUAUACCUCCACUGACGGAGCUGAGGUAUGAUUAUGGAAUGUCUUGUAGAACUGAAGAGGUUGGAGAAGAUGGGAAGACAAUUUUCAAAGGCAAGAAGAUUUGUCAUUGUGGUUCAGUCAAGUGUCAAGGCUCUUUUGGAUGAUUUGGAACCUUUUUUUUAUAUCUUGUUUCCUUUGUUUCUGUUGUUUUUUUUUUAGCUUUCCUGUUAUGGUUAUUGUGGGUUUCUAAACAUUUUAAGCAAUAAUAUUGCCAUCAAUAAAACUUGUUAAAGUUUCUAAACAAUGAUUCAACUUAUACCUCCAAAUUUUUUUUUGUAAAGAAUUCAUAUUCUACUUGUAUUAUUUUUUUCAUUUUUUUUAUCUCCUAUUAUAUAUCAUGAAAAUUCUCAUAUUAUAUAAUAGAGUAUCAAAGUUUAUGUAGUUAGAAUUUUUAUUAUAUAUUAUCCUUUUGGUUUUAUUAUCAGUUAAACGUACAUUAUAAGGCCAUGAUUAAAGCUGAAACCCCACAUGGGGUUUUUUAUUUAUUUAUUUAUUUUUUUUGUCUGAGUAAAAAAAAAAAAUUAAAAAACCAACCAAUCGCGGGUUGCCACGUGUCAAUAGGACCCGCAAACAGUUCAAAAACCCAUCGAACAUCGAUCUUUAUUUUGGCUUUCCUGUAACCGAUUUUUUCCUCUUUGUGGACCCCCCACCUAAAAACCGCACUAAAAAUCUCUUCCCUUCUCCCGAUAAUCCUGCUCUAACAAGGUCCAUAUCAGACCUAAGAGCAUCAUUAGUGGUGCAUUUGUAAUUGAGUUUCUCAAAAAAACAUAUAAUACUCUUUUUUUUCCGACAAUAGGUUUUUUUAAUUGAUAAAACGGGUCAGGUCCAGAGUAUACGGCCCAAGGCCCAACUGCAUAAUCAAAAGGCCAGAGGCCCAAAAGCCAAAAGGCAACAAACGGACCCAUUAACCGGGCCGUCGGCCCAAACAUUAAAAACCCGUACGACGUCGGUCGAGUUACACGUCAAGGAAGCUGGCUGCUGGACACGUGGGAGCAUCUAUGCCAUCAGAACGACACGCGUCGCACCCGCCUCGACUUGACCGUCCCCACCACGACUCACCGCCAGAACCACAUCACCGCAAUUUCAUUUCAUCGGAGCUCAGAACCCACAGAGCCUUCGCCGAAACCAUAUCUGUUCUUCCAACUCUGUCUACCCGUCGGAGAGCUUCAUCGCUCUUCGAAAUCUCAUCCGACAAGGCCAAAACUCUAACACUAGAGAGACAAGCAAGACCCACUCGAUCCAUAAUCGAAACCCAAACUCUAAGAACCGCAACGAAAUACCUAAAGCCGGCGACGCAAAGUUGUUGUAGCCUUCAUCCCCCGGAGACUAGAGCCGACGACGGCGAAGCUGAAGAAACUACCACCUCUCGGAAACAAAAGCCGGCGGCGACGGAGCUGUGGAAGCCUCCAUCUCUCGGAAUCAAAACCCACACUACGAGCGUCUUCACCACGCCAUAACCUCCAAGCAACCGCGUCUUCACUCCAAGAACAGAGACACCACGGAUGGUGGUAGGCCAGAGCUUAGACAAGGCGGACGCCGGAGGUGACGGGGAGGAGACAAAGGCCGGACAAUUUAUGCUGAAGGACAACGAGCUCCGGCGACGGCACGCACGCUCACGCACCGGCCGUACGCCAAACCCAACGCUGAGAUCUACUUUCUCUCUCUUCUCUCUUACUUAUUGGUUCUUCGUUUCAAUGAUCAAUAAACAUAUAAUACUCUUGUUUAACUAUAUAACUAUAUUCUAUUUAUUUUUGUAAUCAUUAAACCAUUAGAAAAUUGCCAGGUGGAAAAGAGUCUCUUUAGGAAAAAUUUGAGUCCCUGCAAGAAGAAUCGAUUGUGUCCUCUCUCUUCCUUUUACAUUUAUUUUCUAUUUAUUUUCUUAAUUUUUAUUAAGGAGAGACUCUUUUAAAAUCACAAGUGCCCUUUCUCUAAUUAAGUCUACAUAUAUACUUCUUAGUUAAAUAUAAAAGAAAACAAAAUGAUCAAAAACCCAACAUAUAUAUACCAAUCUUUUAUAUACUAAAACGCAAGUCGAUUCACUAAUCAAAAUCUGCCACAUCAUUAAAAAAAACUUAAAGUAACAAAACAAAUAAAAUAAAUGAAAAACAAGAGGAUAUACGUCGCACAUUAUGUGUCAAUUCAUAACCAAAAUCAAAUAUAUAUUUUUCACUCCACCUCGCCGACGGUUUACUUUCCAGUUUCCACUUCUCCACGAUCCAACAAUCCCCGAUAACUAACCUUUACUCCAUCAUUUAUAUUCUCUUUCUCUGAUGAUGCUUUAAAAAGAUCUUUUCUCUGAUUCGGUAUUGAACAGAUUUGAUGUGGGCAUGCAACGCUUCUCCUGGAUAAAUUAUUAGUUCAUAUUUUUUUUGAACGUUCUAGCUUAAUCUCUUUGGAUCUCACUCCUUUUCUACUUCUACUAUGAGCCUAUUGCUUUUUCUACUCCUUCCAAGCUUCACUCGCUGACAUGCAAAGUUUUUUUUCCAGGAAAACUCAAGAUUGUUUUCCUUUUCAAAACCAAAAAUCUGCGACCAAGGGGAAAAGGAGAUAUAUCGGAGCAAAGAAAAAAGAGAUGUACGUAUAUCGAAUUAUUUCUCUCUCCCUCUCUUAUGUUAGUCUUCAAUAUAUAACCUCUUUUAUGUUUAGCAAUUGCAUACUUUUAAAAUUGUUUCCCAUUACUAAAAUUAACUUAUGUAGAUUUCAAAAGAUAUAGAAAGAGCAAAUAUAUCUCUACUUAAAAAAGCUACCAGCAAAUUAAUACUUCAAAUUGUUUCGGCACACGGAUUAAACAAACAAUUAAUUUUGUACAUUUCCUAUAAAAAAACACUAUUACCU